AUGGAUGGAGAAGAACUCACCGAGCAGGAAACUGCCUUGUACGACCGCCAGAUUAGGGUUUGGGGCCCUAAUGGUCAAAGAAGAUUGACCAAAUCUCAUAUCUUUGUUUCUGGAAUAAAGGGUACUGUUGCUGAGUUUUGCAAGAACAUUGUGCUGGCAGGAGUUGGGAGUGUGACAUUAAUGGAUGAUGGUCUAGUUAACGAAGACACUUUGAAUGCAAACUUCUUAAUUCCUCCUGAUGAUAAUGCUUAUAUGGGCAAAACCGUUGCUGAGGUUUGCUCUGAUUCACUCAAGGAGUUCAACCCUAUGGUCCUUGUUUCUGUAGCGAAAGGUGAUUUGUCAACACUUGGCGCUGAAUUUUUCGAGAAGUUUGAUGUUGUGGUUAUAGGCUACAGUUCUCGUGCUACCAAAAAAGCUGUUAAUGAGAAAUGGCGGAAGUUAUCGAAACAAGUGGCAUUCUACACAGUCGAUUGUAGAAAUUCAUGUGCUGAAAUCUUUGUCGACCUUCAAAAUUACAAGUACACAAAGAAAACGCUUGAAGAGACAUUGGAAUACGAACUACAUUUUCCGAGUUUUCAUGAAGCUAUAACAAUACCUUGGAAACUGAUUCCGCGGAGAACAUCAAAGCUCUACUUUGCCAUGAGAGUAAUAGAAGUUUUUGAGGAGACUGAAGGGCGUAAACCUGGAGAGUGUUCACUGCUCGAUCUAGCCAGAGUCUUGGAAAUAAGUAAAAAACUCUUUAUGGCAAACUCGGUGAGCGAGAGCAAUAUACUAGAUAGUGUCUUAGAGAGGCUUAUCACUGAUACUACCGAAUUCCCACCAGCUUGUGCCAUUGUGGGAGGAAUACUAGCACAGGUUCUCUCUCGCUUUCUCUUUGCAUUCAAUCUCCUUCUCAUGGGAAACUUGGUAAUUUUCACAAGAGAGAUUUUGGUGUCGCAGGAGGUGAUCAAAGCGAUAUCCCGCAAAGGAGAGCCAUUAAAGAAUUUCUUCUACUUUGAUGCUCAAGAUGGGAAAGGUAUGAUUGAAGACAUUGCCAACUAUUCAAAGUAA